AUGAACAUCUCCUAUCCUCCCGUCUACGACAAUAUCCCCCCCGCCAUUAAGCAGCUGGGCCAUGAGUUCCCAAAGGCCGUUGCUUUCCUCCUCAUUCCCGUUGAGUUUAUGUACUUCGCCAUCUAUUUCCACAGAAAGGGCUUCCAUAAGCUGUAUAACACAUUGGCAUUGCUGUCUCUUGCAACGUUCUGGAUCGCCCCAGUGCUGUCCCCAAUUUCUUGCGGUCCAGCAAGAUGUUUGCAAAACUUCGCAGUUGCAAUCGGAACCAUGAAGCUCCUUGACUAUUUUUGGGGUCGCAGAAAUGCGCCCCUUACAUAUAUAGGCAAGGCUCCGCCUGACUGGUUAUUUGCACUCAUAGCUCUGACCGAACUUCGGUACGAAUCCUUCACCCCGAAUCAUAUUCGUGUUCCCAAAGACCGGGAAAAUUUCAGUGAGCCGUUACAGCUUGGUAUCCACGUAGCUGCCUUCGCAGUAUUGCAAUCAUUACCACAACACCUCCCAACCGUACUAGCAUUCGAGGUACUAUUAGCAAUAUACAUAAUCUGGACCACUAUGCAACUCACUCUGCGAUAUAAAAGCAGCCCGGCUUUGUUCGGACCGCUGUACUUAGCAGAUUCGUUGUCUGGGUUUUGGUCCGAAACUUGGCACAACGCCUUUGCAUCUCCAUGCGAAUCCCUAGCUUAUGCGCCUUUGAGAUAUGGCCUUCCAAAGUACGGAGUCCCAGUUGUGGUUGCUCGAUCCCUCGGCGUCCUUGGCGCUUUCACCCUCAUGGCAAUAUUCCAUGUGUAUGCUCUAGAACCUAUUCUCGACCGAGAAGCCUUGACACGCAUAGGACUGUUUUUUCUUGUUAAUGGAAUAGCAACUGUAGCGGAGGCUAUGGUCUGGGGCAGGAAAAAGCAUUGGCUGAAGUGCGUGCUGGCCUGGACAUUCGAGACCAGUAUCGCCAGUUGGGCGGCCAGCGGUUUGCAUAUACCGAAUGGAUUAUCGACAAUUCGUUGGAAAGCGCUAUGUGAUGCAUAG